ACUUAGAAACAAACUACAUACAAAAUGGCGGACAACACAUAAAAACUUAUAAGCUCUUCUAAAAUUUGGUGAACUCUUACCAGAAUCCACUUUUUACCCAGUCAAUGUACCCGAAAGAAACAGAAAUGAGUUCGAUAGGUAAAAGUAGCAAAGAGAAGGCAAUCGAUGCAAACACAGAGAUGGAAACUACCUCUGAGCAUGGACUCACGAAUGAGAUGAAACCCAAAGCCGCUGGCGAAGAACAGCACACCGAAAGUCGCCGUGCAAUGGAAUCGAAAACCAAUGUACGGCAAGUGAAUCCUGCUGAGGAUACGAGCCUACAGGAAGAAGAACUAGAAGAUCAGAGGUCGAGUGAGUUUGAGGACAUGAUAGCUGACGGUUUAUCAGAGCUGGGGAGAUCUGCUGAUGGAACGCUUCAAGUUUAUCUUCAUCUCUUUUUACCGGAUGUAAUUAUGUCACAUAACAAGAUAGAAGUUCUUCCAGAUUUGUCUGCCCAUCAUUGUCUUACCAGAUUAACACUGGACUACAACAACAUAUCAGAGAUCCAGGGAUUAUCAAGUUGUCAUCGUUUGACUCACUUUAGUCUGAUGAACAACAACAUAUCCAGGAUUGCUAAUUUGGACAACCUGCCACUCAAAUCACUCAAUUUGAGUAACAACAACAUAAAGAAAAUUGAAAACUUGGAAACCCUUAAAUAUCUUGAGAUAAUAAAUUUAUCCAGGAACAGUAUUCGCAGUAUGAAAGGUCUUCAGAAUCACAAUUUACUUCAAGAAAUUGACCUUGAAGAAAACCAGGUGAUCGAUAUUGCUGAAGUGCGGUACAUCAGAGAACUGAAUUUAUUACGAAAUCUGAACUUGCUUGGAAACCCGAUCCAAGGAAUGCCAGACUACAGACUGUCUUUAUUGUUCAAAAUACAAACUCUGACUGAACUGGAUCGAUCCAAGGUGUCACUUGGGGAAAAGGUUGCAGCGGUGAAUAUGUUUGAACCCCCUCCAGAGGUCAUAGCAGCGCGUGAUCAUAUGUUCCACGUGACAAAGGCUCUUCUCCAGCCGACAAGAAUUCAUGACAGCACCCUUCCAAGUGUGGACACGCCCUAUCCGAUGCUGAUCCUGUGUGGACCCCCCGGAUCAGGAAAACGUUAUUUGGCGCGAAGAUUAUGUCAGGAGUUUCCAGACUUCUUUGGCUUCGGCAUCUGUCAUACCACAAGAAUGCCUCGGGAGAAGGAAGAAAAUCUCGAGGACUACUGUUUUGUCACUCAAGAACAAUUUGAACAAGGAGUUGUAAUGGGUAAAUUCCUACAAACGUGCCAGCUGGCGGGGAACUGGUACGGUGUCACACGAGAGGCCGUUGAGAGUGUGGCCGGUGAAGGACUUGCUGCAGUGUUCCACAUGGACUUAGAGGGAGUAUUGAGUUUCAAGAACACUUAUUUUGAGCCCAGAUAUGUUUUGGUGCUUCCCGUAUCAAGAGAGAUUCACGGAGCACGCCUUCGGGAGCGACAUGAUUAUCCAGAGCCUUUGUUACUACAGUCGUUGGAUCGAGCUACUUUAUGCCUGGAGCACAACAGAAGAAAUCCCGGCUUCUUUGACAUGGCUAUCAACAGCGAAGAUCUCAGUGACGCUUACAAGCGACUUAAACUUCUUGUCAUGGAAUACCUUGGCAUGUCACCCCCAUCCACAGGGCAGUCUGAUUUGUUCAGCGAUAGCAUGACGUCUGUUGAAACCAGCCAAUCAGAGGAUACACUAAACCAUGGGGGCAAAUCAGGUACCAGUCAAACAACAAGUGUCACGGUCAACAUGGCGGCGAGGACCUGGUCACGACGGUCUGAGUCGUCCACAACUCCUCCCAAAGGAGUUAAAUUAACAAAGCAAAAGACACCAGUGGAAACUCUUUCCUUAGAGCGUCGCCAGACACAGAUAAAAGCGGCUGUAGCAGGUAUUCAUCAGAUAUCACUGGAACAGUUCAUGAUGGGCACAAGGCAAGCUGUUUCGGCUAGCUUCCAGCUCUCUUCGACACAGUAUUCUCCGACGGAAGUCAAACGCCCAAACUCAGUCCCACUCAAUUUUAACGUCUCUCUCGCUUCCAUCAUGGCCAAUGCGAGCAGUCAAAACGGGGCAAGAGAUGGAGGCCCGGAAUCGAACAUCUCUGAGUCUGACGAGGAACAGGACGGAACUUCAUCCAUAGUGUCAUCUGCGCGUGCGUACUCCAACGCUCAGUCUCCAAGAGAAUCAGAUGAAGAAGGUGUAGACUCAAGAGAUCUACUUGAUUUUAUUCCAACAGAAACACUUGACUUGCAUGAAACCGGCUCUGUUCCAUUUUCGGGAGGUUUGGGCCAAGUUGAAAUCGCCAAUUCUAUUUAAAAUGUGGCUGAUUCACAAGACGGAGAAAGAGAUCAAAGACCCUCACUCCAGAAUUUGAAAUAGAAAAAUAUUUCAACGUUUGCCGUAACUUACCGGUAGUUAACUUUGUGAGUCUUUUUUCACAGUACAAACCUAUUCCCUGUCGUUGUUCGUAUCUUUGGGGAACGUUGGGGGCAAUUCCAUUGGCCACAUGAAAUGCUAUCCCCCCCCUCCUGUUUUCGGCAAGACCUGAAAUGUCUUGUGAAUUGAACAGAGUUUGUUUGUUUAUAUUUUGUAUAGGAAAUGAAAUUAAAACAAAGAAUUUAUUACCUU